GUCUGGAGUGCUAAAUCCGGAUAAGACGAUGUCCACCAUCUCCUUUGGUGAAUCAUUAUACAAAAAUCACUGUGUGAUUCUCUGUUGGGGAAACUCCUCCAGUUUUUUUCGAAGAGAAAGCAAUGUCAACUGGAAGAAAUACCCAUUGGUGUUAUAGAUGCAGGUGCCCAGUUUUCCUUCAAGGGCACGAUGCAGUUUGCUGCUAUUGCGGUGGGGGAUUUGUUCAACAAUUGGAUGAAAUGGUGCAUAUUGAUCGUACAGAUUUUUUUAAUGAUGAAGAUCGGGGUCGGAGGUUUGGUCUCCUGGAUGCUUUUUCAGUCUUCAUGAGGCAGCGAAUGGCCAACAGAAAUUUUAACCGUAACACCAGGGGAAGAGCAGAGUCGGUUCCAGAGCAUGAUGUGGCACUUGGUCCUAUGUUGAUUUUUGGUGGUCAAAUUCCUUUUAGAUUGUCUGGGGCUGGUGGUGUUGAAGCUCUUUUCAGUGGGGCUCCUGGAAUCGGUUUAACACGAGGUUAUUCCGGGGAUUAUUUUAUAGGUCCUGGAGUAGAGGAUUUGUUUGAACAACUCUCAGCUAAUGAUCGGAGGGGCCCUCCCCCGGCUUCCCAGACUUCGAUUGAUGCAAUGCCCACUGUUAAGAUAACUAGAAGGCAUCUUCACUCUGAUUUGCAGUGUCCUGUUUGUAAAGACAAAUUUGAACUGGGGUCUGAAGCCAGACAGAUGCCAUGCAAUCACAUGUAUCAUUCAGAUUGCAUCACCCCAUGGCUGGAGCAGCACAACACUUGUCCUGUUUGUCGACAGGAAUUGCCACCGCAAGGAUCGGGCAGCAGGCGUUCAAAUGGUCAAAGUGGAACUACUUCCAGUGGAAGGGAGAGCAGACGGAAUCCAUGGUCUUACAUAUGGCCGUUCCGUUCAUCAAAUUCUAGCUCAAGCCCUAACCAUAGCCGUAGCCAUAAUGAAGGUGGUGGAAGCAGCCCUUCUGGUGUGGAUGAGAACAAUCAUUAUCAUUCGAUGGGCUAUAGUGGAUGGCCUUUUGACUGAGUUGUGUGUAUCAAGUAGGUUGUUUUUCUUUGUGUUGUAUUGAGUGUGUAAAAGUGAUCUGAGCUCAAUUUCAUCAUCCAACAAAAUGUUUAGAUAAAUCUUGCAACGUGGCAGGGUACUAUCUCAUAUGUUCAAACUAAUCUCUGGUCUUUCACAUUUGAAUAAAGUAUGUAUAUGUAAGGUUAGAGGUGUCCAUGUGAUCACUUUGGUUAA